AUCAUGGUGACGGAUAUCCGUUCGAUGGUAGAGGCCAGAUUUUAGCACACGCGUUCUUUCCUGGCGGAGAUCGAGGCGGAGACGUGCAUUUUGACGAGGAAGAGAUAUGGUUGUUGCAGGACGACAACAACGAAGAAGGGACCAGCCUUUUCGCGGUAGCCGCGCAUGAAUUUGGCCACUCUCUUGGCUUGGCGCACAGCUCGGUUCCUGGAGCGCUCAUGUAUCCUUGGUACCAGGGAUUGAGCUCUAAUUACGAGUUGCCGGAAGACGACAGACAUGGGAUUCAGCAGAUGUACGGUGCACCCGAAGAAAGGCUUUGGGCGAAUCUACCAGGUGGUCCAGCGCCUCCGGAACGACCUACAACGCCUCGAACAACUACGACAAGCGUUGGGACGACCUACAGACCAUGGAGAACACGACCAACCAGGCCGAAUCACUAUCCAAACGACGACCGGCCUCGACGCCCUGAUCACUACCCUCAAAAGCCGGAUUACAGAACGGAGAGGCCGGAGAGGCCGAUGAGGCCGGAAAGGCCGGAGGAUCGACCUCAGAGGCCUCACAAGCCUCACAAACACCACACGACCUCUACUACCACCACCACCACUACCACCACUACCACCACUACCACCACCACCACCACCACCACCACCAUGAGGACACCGAUCACGCAAAGGCCAAGGCAUCGAUGGACACCACCGACACCCAGAAACGACAAACCGGAUAAGUGUGAUACCAGCUACGAUGCCAUCAGCAUUAUUCGCAGGGAAACUUUUGUCUUCAAAGGACGAUAUUUAUGGAGAAUCGGCGAUCAAGGAUUAUAUGAGGGAUAUCCAGCGGAAAUCACACGCCUGUUUCAUUUACCUGAGGAUAUCGACCACGUGGACGCAGUUUAUGAGAGGCCAGAUAAGAAAAUAGUAUUUUUUAUUGGCAAAAAGUACUACGUUUUCAACGCCAACAAUCUCGAACCGGGUUAUCCAAAACCAUUAACAAGAUUGGGAUUGCCAGAAUCAUUGGAAAAAGUUGAUGGAGCAAUGAUUUGGGGUCACAAUGGAAAAACUUAUUUCUUUAGUGGAUCUGUGUAUUGGAGUUUUGAUGAAUCUAUAAACCACGUAGAACUUGACUACCCAAGGAAUAUAAGUAUAUUCGCUGGUAUUGAAAACGAUAUUGACGCUGUUUUCCAGUGGAAAAACGGCAAAACGUACUUUUUCAAAGGAAAAGGCUUCUGGGAAUUCGAUGAUCAGGCAAUGAAGGUUGCACAUGAAAAGCAAAGAUUAUCAGCACCGGUUUGGAUGGAUUGUCCUCGAGAAUUAGAAACCAACGAUGUUGAAGAUUAUCCAAGAAAAUCGAAAAUCAUGGCCUCGAGCAACGCAUCGACACGAUCAACUCUUUUCCUCGGGAUAUUUUUUAUAGCAUAUUUUAAUAAAUAUUUGUAA